AUGUCUGACAAUGUUAUCUCGCUAGGAGGCGCAAAUGGCGGCCCCGAGAACCCACUAAAGAUCAAAAGGCGGAAGCGGCUCCCUAUUUUCGAUAAUGAGGGUUCAGGCAAACAGAUGUUUUAUUUUGUCGACUCUAAUUCGUCCUCUCGGGAAAAGCGAGCACACGUAAUGCGCCACCAUGUUCAAGAGAAACGGAAACUACGAAAGCACCCACAAGUGCGGAAUGAGAGCGAAAAGAGGAUCAAUCGAUCGCUCCGUUAUCUCCCUUGGCAGCAGAAAACACUAGAUUUCCAGGAAAUGGAGGAUCCUGAGUCUACCGAAUCUCAGACCGGAAAUGAACUUGCAAUUUUGGCGCCUGAGCCGCACAGUCAGGAGCCCGCCUAUACACCAUCACCUGUUACGAUUCUUGAUGCAUCGAGAAAAGACCCUUUUAAUAGUUUGCCGCUCUGCGCACCUGUAGAUAUGGAACUGGCCGAUUAUUGGGCGAAUAAGCUCAGCUACUGGUCGGGCCAAAACAAGUGGAUGAAAGAUGUUGUCUUCAAGGGUUCCAUGGAUCACCCACUGUCUUUUCAGGCUGUCGUGCUUUCAUAUUGUGCGCGAUGGAAAGCGCAAUUAUACAACCAAAGUAAUAUCAGCGAGGUGAAAUAUUACUUGGGGUGUGCGAGAAAGAGCAUUGACGAUGCUAUCAAAGGGCACGUGCAGAUUGAUAGUGAUGGAUUGGCAAUGGCACUAGCAGGAAUGGCCUUGCAGGAAGACCGAUUCGGCAGUAAGGACGAGGCUAGGAAAUACGAAGAUCGCGCGGUUGAAAUCCUUAGAACUCGUACUCGAUCUAGCAGUGUUGCCGAAGUUUUCUUCCAUUAUUCACGAUGUGUUAUGAUGCCACCUCCAAGUCCUGUCGUGGAGGAUCGCCAGGAGUAUCUCGUCACUUUUCUCCGGAUGGCAGAAGAGUUAAUGCUGGCACACAGUACCGACACGUUUCUGACAUCUGUUCCCCAGCGCUGCGAAGCUUUUCAAAUGGACGGUCCAUUGUUCCCGUUGCUGUCGAGUGGACCGCGCCCCUCUCAGGUCCCUCAUGACUCGCGAAUAUUCGUCGUGCGCAACGUGCCUACCCAAGAGGUCACCCGCACUGCCGCCUUAAUCUACAUUACUACCACGCUUUGGGAUCUCCAAAAUUCUCCAAGUAAAACCGCGCGCUUCCUUACCCACCUGCACAAUAUCGUGAAGGAGCAUAACCUUGACCGGUAUCCUGCAUGUGAAACCUUUAUCUGGCUACUCCUCGAGGAGAGCUGCGAUUCCGACCUUAAGGACCCUGAACGGGGAUGGUCGACGGGUGAACUAUUGAAGAUGCAUAAACAACUCCGGCCGGACCUACAAUUCCAAUAUAACGAAACUCUGCUGAGCCUGCUGAUGCUCACUCCCCCGAUACGGGGAGUUGAUACGUUUGAGAAGGAAUUAUGUCCCUCCCUGGUGGAGGAUGAAAGCGAUCGUUGA